AUGAAAGAUGGAAGGAUCAGCCAAGCUGGAAAAUACAAUGACAUCCUCAGCUCUGGAACUGAUUUCAUGGAGCUUAUAGGUGCUCAUCAGGAGGCUCUUGCAGUAGUUAGCUCUGUUGAUGCCAGUUCUGUCUCUGAGAAACCAGCUUUAGGCGGCCAAGAAGAUGCUAUUGGUCUUGAUGGGAAACAAGAAAGUCAAGAUGUGAAGAACGAUAAGCCAGACACUGAGGAGACCAAAAGACAGCUUGUGCAAGAGGAAGAGAGGGAGAAAGGUAGCGUUGCUUUGGAUGUAUACUGGAAAUAUAUCACACUAGCCUAUGGAGGAGCUCUUGUGCCUUUCAUAGUGUUGGCACAG